AUGGGCUGCUCGGCUCCGCUGCUGCUGCUGCUGCUGCUCCGGCUGCUCCUCGCCCUCGGGGCCGUCUGGGGAAUCCACCACGGGGAGACCGAGACAGUGCCGGGCACCUUGGGAAAGGCCACGAUCCUGAGGAUCCCCCCCAGGCUCCGGGAACUCACCAGGGAAUUCCGGGAAUCCUCUUGGAAGCGUUGGGGGCCGUUCCCCAGGAAGCAAGUCCUGGUCAAGUACUCGGGGGGCAAUUGCACCAACCACUUCCAGGGGCAAAUCCGCUUCCACGGCUCCGACUUUUCCCUGGAAAUCCUCAACACGAGCCGGGGGGACGGGCAGCUCUACGAGUACGUGGUGAGCAAAGGGCCCGAGGAGGAGGUGCUGCAGCUCCAGCUCAAGGUCUACGAGCCGAUAUCCCACCCCAGCAUCCGGAUCCUCAGCAGGGAACUCUCCAACGGGAGCUGCACCUUCGCCCUCAACUGCACGACCCAGGAAGGGGACGAGGUUUCCUACAGCUGGGGCAGCCAGGACAGCGGGAUUUCGGGGAAUUCGGGGCCCUGCUCGGGGAACAGCAGCUUCCUGAGCCUCUCCCACCCCCCGUGGGACACCAACAUUCCCUGUGUCUGCACCGCCACCAACCCCGUCAGCAGCGGGGCCGUCGCCUUCCAGCCCCCCCAGUGCGGCCACGAGCCACGGGCCGAGCAGGAGCAGGAGCCCAGCCCGGAGCACACCAUCUACUCCCAGGUCCAGCGGGUUCAGAAGCCAAAGGAGCCCCCCAGCCCCGACCCCAACUCCUGCACCACCAUCUACGCCGCGGCCACGGGACCCCCCGGCAGAGCCCCCCGAGCCCCCCCGGAGCCCCCCACCCUGCAGGGACCCCCGCCCCUCUCCCAGAGCCCCCCCCGGGAUCCCACCACGGUUUAUGUCGGCGUGAUGAUGCCCAGGCCCUGA